AUGUCUCUAUCUAUGAGAACGUUACGAGUGAAAACAUCACUCGCUGGUUCAAGAUGUAGCCCGUCGACCCUACGACUGUCCAUUUGCAUCAACCAAUUCAACCUGGAACGCACAACACCACCCCUGACAAAGCGCAAUUUUAGCCAAACAACUCAUGCGGAUUUGGAAGAAAAUGAUGCCGGCGAUGUGAGGGUACAGUCCAGAAAUUCAGGAACAUUCAAUCCUGCAUCUGGGUUGAAUGCCCUGAGGAGUAGAAACAAGCUACUGAAAGAAACUUCCAAGACGGCUGGCCAAAAGUCUCAUCGCACCAUUCUGGGCCAAAGUCCUGACAUACCAAUUCGGGCCCGGUUCGCACCAUCUCCGACGGGGUAUCUGCACCUGGGAUCCCUUAGAACGGCUUUAUUUAAUAGUCUAGCUGCGAAGGCGUCAAAUGGCGGUGCCUUUAUUUUGCGUGUUGAAGACACAGACCAGAGUCGCUUAGUCCACGAUGCAGAAGAACGGUUGAUUAGAGAUCUCAAGUGGGCAGGGCUAUCAUGGGAUGAAGGCCCGGAUUGCGGCGGCAAGUAUGGGCCAUAUAAGCAGUCUGAAAGGCUAUCCAUUUACAAGGACCAUGCCCAAACCUUGCUUGACCGUGGACAUGCCUACCGCUGCUUCUGUAGCGCUGAACAGCUAGAGUUGCAAAAACGACAAUCGCACAAAGCUGGAGAGCACACUGGUUAUCCUGGAACAUGCCGCUCCAUUGACCCCUCCGAGUCCAACAGACGAGCUCAUGACGGAGAAUCCCACGUGGUGCGUCUGAAAGGCGAUGCUUUCGGCAAGCCCAAGUUCCGUGACGCCAUCUACGGCAUGUUUCAGAAAAAGGAUGCAGAAGAAGACUUUGUGCUAUUGAAAUCCGACGGCUUUCCAACUUACCACCUUGCAAAUGUCAUUGAUGAUCAUUUGAUGGAAAUAACGCACGUCAUUCGGGGAGAAGAAUGGUUGAUAUCAACACCGAAGCACCUGGCGCUCUAUCAGGCGUUUGGUUGGCAGCCUCCCACUUUCGCUCAUCUCGGUCUUCUCGUCAACGUAGACGGCAGCAAACUGAGCAAGCGCAAUGACAGUGUGAACCUAGCUACAUAUCAGGACAAAGGCGUUUUUCCAAUGGCGUUGUUGUCGUGGCUGGCUAACUUGGGCUCCUCAUUUAAAUCUAACACAAGGCCGCCUCGAACAAUCUCGGAUAUCGCCGAUGCACUGACUUUCAAAUUUACUCGUGGUGGCAUAAAGCUGAACCUUGAGAAGCUGGACUACUUCGACGGCAAAUAUCGUGAUGCGAUAUUGUGGGACCCUAAACCCGAGCUCUCAGAAAAUGAAUCCGCCCUCAUUAACAGCUAUGUCACUACACCCAUGCUGCAGGAGAUCGAGUCUGCUGCAAAAGGAGAAAAGUCUUCAGAAUUGCUCCCAGAGUCUUGGCGUGGAAAAUUAAAUCUCGUGCCUGCCCUGGCUAACGAGGAGACUAAGGCUACGUAUGUUCACAACAUAAUUGCAACAAAACGAGGAGACUUCCUGUCAGCCAAAGCUCUUAUACAGCAACAUCCGUAUCUACUCUGGAGAGUUCCAGAGACCGUGUAUAAACAGUCUCUCGCGUCAUAUAAUCCGGAUGGACGGGUCCUCUUGGCUCUCGGCGCGGCCAUUGAAGACGAAAAACUGUGGCAUGCACAGGGAAACGAAGUGAUGGAUGCUAUUUGGACAAGCCUCCAGGAUCAUGGCAUUGAUAAACUCGUCGUGUAUGACACCCUGCGGCUGGUCGGUGCCGGGUGCCACGACGUUGUCUCCCAGAGCAGCUCCCGAAUGUUCAUGCUCUUAGGGAGAGAAGAGUGGCGAUUCAGACUCGGCCGUGUCAAGAGUAUUAUGAACACGGUCUCUUCACAGGUGGUCUAG